GUAAGUUUAAUAGAAAAAAUUGAGUUUUGAGUAUCAAAUGAUUUUCUAAAAAACAAUAAAUUAAUUUUUGGGUUAAUCCCUGCAAAGGAAAUCACAGAUUCCAUUUUCAUCACUAGCUCAAACUUCACCCAAUUUGGAGUCCUGAAAAUGGGAUCAUCAUUGUUUGAUGAAAAAGAUUUCUUGGCAUGCUGUGGCAGUACCAAAUUCGCCGAGGAAAUGGUAUCAGCCGGACCUUUUUCAACCCAUCAAGAUGCCAUUCAUGCUGCCAGACAUAUCUGGUUCAACAAGGUUGAUGUAAAUGGGUGGCUUGAAGCUUUUGCUGCUCAUCCACAAAUUGGUCAAACCCCUUCCCAAAAUCACACAACCCCUACUUUUGCCCAGUGGAGCAAGGGAGAGCAGUCAACAGCUCUCACCACUGCUAAUGAAUCUACGUUACAGGAACUGUUUGAGUGGAAUGCUCGCUAUAGGGAGAAGUUUGGAUUUGUCUUCUUGAUAUGUGCUUCAGGAAGAAGUGCCGCUGAGAUACUUGCAGAGUUGAAGAUACGGUACCAGAACAGACCAAUAAUUGAAUUUGAGAUUGCAGCCCAGGAGCAAAUGAAAAUAACUGAAUUACGCCUUUCCAAGCUCUUCUCAGACAAAGCAGAUACUGCUCCGACAAUUAAACCCUUGUCUACAACUAAUAUUGCGACAAAAGCAGAAGAAGAUCGUGUAAACAUUAUUGGAGCACAUUUGACUGCUGCAACUGGAGCAAAACCAGCUCAUAUUCCAAAGAGAACUCGCCCGCCCAUUACAACCCAUGUUCUGGAUACUAGUCGUGGAUGUCCAGCGAGUGACAUUGAAGUACGACUGGAGAUGUGGAAAGACAACCUAGCAAGACCUCAAUUUGGCGAAGCUGAUAUUGGUGGCUGGAUAUUACUAGGGUCUUCAGCUACAGACAAAGAUGGUCGAAGUGGUCAGUUGAUGAAUAUGGUUGAAGCUUUGGUCCCAGGUGUAUACCGGAUGAGUUUCAACACCGGUAAGUAUAAUCCUGAUGGAUUUUUUCCUUAUGUCUCUAUUGUGUUUGAGAUCAAAGAAUCGCAGAAAUGGGAUCAUUUUCAUGUUCCUCUGCUGCUUUCACCAUUCUCACUCUCGACCUAUCGAGGUAGCUAGUUUGACAAAAGUGGCUGGCAAGAGUUGAAUAUUUUCAUGAGGAAUAACAUUGUACCUGUAUUUGGAGGAAUGAAUCACUUAGCCUUUUGCUUUGACUGGAAAUUGUAUUUCUUCGAUCA